CCUGCACAUGGAGAAAGUCUCUCUAGCUCUCUGUUUCUUUCCCGUUCUCCGAUAAUAGGAUAAUUGAUAGAGCAGUGCAUGCUUUUACAGGAUGAGUGUGGACGCUUGUAGAGGUCUCUGAGUGGAAGCCCCGAGGAGAGACUUUGAUGCGGGCUCAGCUCUCAGCAGCGAGGCGUCAGCAGCGGGACUCUGAGCGCCAGAGAUGCGCUGAAAAGAAGUGGGAUUUUGGGAGCCAAAGUACUUUUUCGCCGUUGAUAAAUUCGCAUAUUACAGACAUGGAUCAGAAGGCAGUGUGCGCAGGAUGCCAUCGGCCGAUCAGGGACAGGUUCCUGCUCAGAGUCACGGACGGCCUCUGGCACGAGCAGUGUGUCCGGUGCGCGGCGUGCGGGGACGCGCUCAGGAGCUCCUGCUUCCUGCGUGACCGCAAACUUUUUUGCAGGCGGGACUAUGCUGAUCUGUUUGCAGUCCGAUGUGGGGGCUGUGCAGAGGCCAUCUCCCCUGCAGAGCUUGUGAUGCGAGCAGGGGCUUCUGCAUUCCACCUGCGCUGCUUCACCUGCAAAGUUUGUUCCUGCCGCCUGCAGACCGGAGACCGCUGCGUCCUCAGGGAGGGACAGCUUCUAUGUGCUAGAGAGGACUACCAUCAGUUUUUGGCCAGUCCAGCAUCUUCAAAUACUGCAAGUAAAAGUGACGAUGAUGAAGAGGAGGAGUUGAGGCAGGUUAAACACAGGCGAGGUGGUGCAGAUAAUCCAGUAACCAAACGUCCCAAAAGACCUCGCACUAUUCUGACCACCCAGCAAAGACGCACCUUUAAGGCUUCCUUUGAGGUCUCGUCGAAGCCUUGCCGAAAGGUAAGGGAGACCUUGGCAGCGGAGACGGGGCUAAGCGUACGGGUUGUGCAGGUCUGGUUCCAGAACCAGAGAGCUAAAAUGAAGAAAUUGGCCAGAAGACAACAACAGCAGGAACAGCAGCACAUUCAGGAGCAGCGUGAACGCACAACAGUGCCCUCGUGUGGCAGUUUGACUUCAGAGACAAAGCGCCUGGGGCCAUCAUUUACCCAUGUUCAGCAGCAGCAGAUGGGGCUCACCACUCUGGAUCAGCAGGACUGGGACAUGGACCCCUUCAGACAGGGCCUGACCCCGCCCCAGAUGCCAGGGGAUCACAUGCACCCUUACGGCUUUCAGGGCUUGUACGGGGAAAUGGACAGGGAGCUGGUUGCUGACUACGACUGCCUCUCUCUGGCUGGAUCGUCUCCGCUGACUCCCAUUGACUGCCUCUACUCCAUGCAGGACUCGUACUUUGCCUCCUGAGGGUGGAGUUCAGGCUCAGGGAGAAGCUGCAAUACACUCUGGAAACAUACAUUAUUUUAUCUCCCCAGUCUAGUUAAGUCAAUGAAUGUAACUCAGAAAUGGACAAGGGUACACUGUGAUGCCAUGAUAUUUAUCAUAUUCACUUCUUGGCAAACGUUGUCACAUUACUGCCUUGAAUGCUUUACAUUUCUCCUGUGCAGCACAACAUCUAAUAAGUGUUUAAACCCCACAAGCAUGAUGCAGCUGCUCUUACUUUUUAUGUUCAUACAUUAGACUGUAACUCAUUCUGUUCAUGUAAAUAAUCACCUGGGAGUGUAUUUGUAUUUAUUCUCACAAUGUGUGUAUACUGUUCAUUUAAAAUAAUAAAAAUA